AGAAUGACCGGUGCAGUAGUACGGAAUGUCAUUUUGGUGAUAAAUAUUAUUUUAUAACGUAGUAUUUUAAGAUUCCAAAAUUUUAUGUACAAAAUGGAAACCAAAGUAGCGGUAGUCACCGGUGGAAAUAGAGGCCUCGGGUUCGAGAUCGUCAAGGGAUUAUGUGCUAAAUUCGACGGUGCUGUGUACCUUACAGCUAGAGACGAAGAGAGAGGAAGACAAGCCGUUAAAAAGCUCGAAGAACUUGGCCUGAAUGCUUUAUUUCAUGUUUUGGACGUUACUAGUGAAGCGAGUGUUCAAGAGUUCGCCACAUACGUUUCCACACAUCACGCGGGCAUAGAUGUUCUUGUAAACAACGCGGGUAUUCUUGAUUUUGAUAAGUCUGUUUCAUCCUAUGAAGAUGCAAAGAAACUCAUAGAUACGAACUUCUUUAGUUUAUUAACUAUAUCGAGACUGUUAUAUCCUCAUUUAAAGAACAAUGCUCGGAUAAUUAACAUCAGCAGCGACUGGGGCUUGCUUUCCAAUAUACGAAAACAGGUUUGGUUAGACACUUUAGUCAAGGAUGAUCUUACGGUUGAAGAGAUUUUACAAUUCGUUAAUGAUUUCUUACAAGCUGCAAAGAAUGGUAAAAGCUCAUUUGUUGCAUUUGCGGGUCCUUAUGGAGAUUACAAAGUGUCUAAAGUGGCCAUGUCAGCUUUAACCUUUGUUCAGCAGAGACAAUUUAACGAGAAAGGCAAGGACAUAGCCAUAAAUUGUGUGCACCCUGGGUUCGUCAAGACUGAUAUGACAAAAGGAAUGGGAGACUUCACCCCAGAGCGAGGAGCCCGCGCACCACUGUACCUGGCAUUGGAGGCUCCCCCCACCCAGAAAGGCACGUUUGUGUGGCACGACUGCCACCAAGUCAACUGGGAUGAUUAAGGAUCAAAUGGUUACAUGAUUGUUAGUUGCAACCAUGAAAAUCCUGUGAUAAUAGUGUCACAUACACUUUAAACAAGUACCUACUAUAAAUAUAAAGAGUUUCCUUUUUUA